AUGACUACCCUUAUAGAAGCCACAACAGUUGGGCCGCCGCCGGCCGCCCACCGGACUUUGCCGCUCACCUUCCUCGACCUCUGCUGGCUCCAUUUCCACCCGAUUCGCCGCCUUUUCUUCUACGAUUUCCCCUUUUCCAAGUCGCAUUUCCUCGAAAGCUUCGUACCGAAGCUCAAACACUCGCUCUCGUUAGCUCUCGAACUCUACUUCCCGCUCGCCGGGACUUUAAUCUACCCUUCGGACACCGAAAACUACAAGCCCACCAUCCAUUACUCGCCCGGCGACUCGGUCCCAUUCCCGAUUUACGAGUCGUCGGCCGGCGGAGAAUUUUUCGAAUUGCUCGUCAGUAACCAACCGCGAGAGGCCGAUGCGUUUUACGAUUAUACCCCACAACUUCCACCGGUCAUAACCGAGCCCGACCGCAAGCUUCUCCGAUUGCUUGCGGUCCGAGUAACCCUCUUCCCGGGCCGCGGCGUGUGCAUCGGCGUAACCAACCACCACUCGGCCGGCGAUGCGAGCUCGAUCGUGGGCUUCGUUCGGGCUUGGGCCUCGGCGUGCAAAUCCGGUUCUCUCGAGAAUGCUAGUCCGGUUUUUGACCGGGGCUUGAUCGUUGACCCGUCGGGAAGAUUGGAAUCGGCUUAUUGGGACCAAAUGAAACAAGUCCCGUUUACUCUUUCCCCAUUUCCCCUGCCCACGAAAAGGGUUCGGGCCACGUACGUUCUUGACCGGGCCCGAAUCGAGAAGCUCAAGGACUCUGUGGUGGCAAAGUCGGGAUUUCCGGGGCUCGACCGCCUGUCGUCGUUCGUGGUGGCCUCGGCUCACGUGUGGACAUGCCUCGCGAAAUCGCUCGUUUGGGACGACGAAAAUGAGGAGAAACGAGUUUGCGAUGAUGAUGAGGUGGAUUUUUUCUUGUUCGCGGCCGAUAUUCGAGCCCGUUUGAGCCCGCCGCUACCCGGGAGCUACUUCGGGAAUUGCUUAACGGGCGGGCUUGCGAAGGUCCGGCACGAGGAGUUGAUCGGGCCGGGCGGGCUUUUUGUGGCGGCCCAGGCCAUAGCCGACGAGAUCAAGGACAAGUUGAAUGGUACAGAUAGAAUCAUGGGUUGGUUGGAGAAUAUUGUGAAGGAAAUAACGUCGAUUGGGGGAAAACGGAUGUUUUCUGUGUCUGGGUCUGCCAGGGUUGAUUUGUACGGAGCGGAUUUCGGGCUCGGGAGGGCCCGAAAGGUUGAGGCCUUGUCGAUCGACGGGGAAAAGUACUCGAUGUCGUUGUGCAGGCCGAGGGAUUGUGAGGAUGGAUUGGAGAUAGGGCUUUCUUUGUCUAAGGCUAAAAUGGAUGUUUUUGCUAGUUUGUUUGAAGAUGGUUUGGAGUAA